AUGGGAUCUCUGUUUGUAUUGGCCAAAGAUCUCAACACAGAAUGCUACACGAAAGCCAUUAGGCUUAGAUUAGUAAGAAUUUAUGAUGUCCAUGAAGGGAGAAAUACAAUACAAGCUCACUCCGGGAAUUACAUGAUUAAGUUGAACCAUCAAACUACUGUUCUAAGACACCGUAGGAAAGGCUUUGCUAAGUGUAUGUUCAGGCUUCGCAGUUUUGAUGAUAUCCUAGGCAGAAAAAUUCCUGAGAAAUUAUUAUUCGAUGUCAUUGGCAGGGUUGUUGAGUUUUACCCUCUAAAGUCAAUUACUAUAGGAGGUUAUCCAUCAAAGCUGGUUGAUUUUAUUAUUGAAGACUCCAAGAACAAUAGGAUUAAAUGCACAGUAUGGGAUUCACAUGUGGAUGAUGUACUGCCCUAUUUUACUGACAAUGUUGAUGGCCCUAUAAUUAUUCUGAUGCAACUGUGUAGAGCAAAGCACUUAGACACUAAAGUAAGAAUAUCAAGUUCAUAUAAUGCAACCAAGGUUUGGAUAAAUCAUGAUUGUCCCGAGUUUGAAGUAUUCAAGGAUAGUUUGAAUGAUCAGCAGACUCCUAUUAGGAGUAUGACAAAUGUUUCAACAUUUUCAUACCCUAACAGUCAGGAAUAUUCUAGCAAGAGACCUAUGAUUGUAAGCACCAUAGCUGACAUCUAUAGGAGGGCUGAGCCAGGCUAUUACCAUGUUCCUGCAAGAAUCAAUGGAUUGGAGAGUGCCAGAAAAUGGUACUACUCUUCUUGCAAGAAAGAAGGAUGUUUUAGAAAACUUGAGCAGAAAAAGGCAUUACUUUGGUGUGACACCUGCAAAAUUAGUUGGCAACUGGGAAUUCCUAGGUACAGGUUGGGUGUUAGAGUUGGUGACAAGUCUGGGGAUGCACCUUUUCUGCUAUGGGAUAAUGAAUGUUCUGAGUUAUUAGGAUUGAGUGCUUAUGAUCUCAGAAACAAAUACUUGGAGGUUUGA